AUGUUUAGAGUUUGUAGAUGGUCAAAUCCAAAAUCGGUUGGCUCCCAUGUUUUUCGAUGGCGCAAAAAAGUGUGGAGUUUCAGCUUUUGUCUACGAAAUGAUAUUACAUCAUGGUGCAUCGAAAACAAUGCUAAUGAAUUAGCUCUACCUGACUUAUCAUUAAAACGUACCUCAUCUCGAUCAACAACAACAAAAGCCUUGAAUACUAUUAAAUCAAUUAAUGCACAACGUGCAAAAUUGCUUAAAGAGUUUGGCUCUUCAGGAUUAGUUGUAUUAGAUCUAGUAAAAGAUGUUCCUGUUGGGUCUGCAAUAUUUAUCGACAAUUAUUUUGCAUCAACUAAAUUAAUAAAAAAAUUAACUCAACUUGGUUAUAGAAUCACCUGCACGUUACGAUCGAAUCGAACAGAAAAAUGUCCAAUAUCAACAGAAGAACAAUUUGCUCAAAAGAAGAGAGGUUAUUAUGAAUCUUUCAUAUCAGAUGACAAAACAUGCAUUGUAGUCGGAUGGAAAGAUUCAAAAAGAGUAUUAUUAGGUUCUAAUUAUAUAGGUAUAGAACCACAAACAAUAUUAAAACGUUGGGAUAAAGAAAAACAGCGUCGAGUUGAUAUUAUAGCACCUCAAAUUAUUAAUAACUACAACAAAUUCAUGGGAGGGGUCGACAACAUGGACAUGCUAAUAGCUUUACACCCCAUCCCAUUCAAAUCCAAACGUUGGUAUUCCAGAAUUAUAUGGAGAAUUUUAGAUGUAAUGAUUAUUAACUCUUGGAUUAUUAUGAAAUCUCGUCUUCGUGGUGAUGAUAGUUAUAGUUCUGCAAGUCAUGGAAAAUUUAGAUUAUUUCAUUUCAAAUCUGAAAUAGCAAAAUUUUUAUUAACAAAACCAAAUCUUCAAAUAUUACCAACAGCUACUGGUAGUUCAUCAAUAGAUGUUUAUCAAAAUGAUGAAGAAAAUGAACCACCAACAAAAAAGUUACGUGAAGCCAGGUCCAGUGUAACAGAUGUUAUACGAACGAAAACUGUUUUGGAAAAACAUAUUGGCAAUGCUCCAAAUGUAAUGUGCACUUAUGCCUGA